AUGUCAUGUUCAAAAAUAUUUUCAGGAGAUUUACCUGAAUUAACAUAUGAAGUUAUAAAAUAUUUUCAGAAUGAUUAUUCAACUUUAUAUUCAUGCAUUUUAGUUAAUAGAUUAUGGUGUCGUUUAACAAUUCCAUUAUUAUGGGAAAAUCCAUUUUCAAUUUGUACUGAAAACAAUGAUUUUAUUGAAAUUUACUUAUGUAAUUUAAAUAAUGAUUUUAUAACAAUAUUAAAUGAAUAUAAAAUUUUUAAUAAUUCAUUAUCUACAAAUACACUGUUCAAUUAUCCUAGUUUUUUAAAAUAUUUGAAUACAUAUAAAUUUAUCACUUCUAUUGAUAAGUGGGUUGAUUAUGUUAUUAGGAAUUCAACAUUCGAAAUUAGUUAUCUUUUUAAACAUUUUGAUUCAGUAUCUAAGUUAAUAUUUAAAAUUUUUAUUGAAAAUGAAAUAAAAUUACAUACUCUUGAAAUUGAGAUCUCAGGUACUUAUUAUAGCACAUAUUUUAAUGAAAUCCUUGAAUUAAUUUUACAAAAUCAAAAUUUUAUUCACAAUAUUGGAAAUUUGAAGCUUUAUAUCAAAAAUUAUGAUGAAAAUAUGGAUCAUAUAUUACAAAUAACUCAUUUACAUCAAAAUCUUAAGAAAAUUUUAAUAUGUAAUAAUUAUACAUCUUUAUAUCAAUCAUUAUUAUUAUCAAAAGAUUAUAAUUGUUCAAAUACCUUGAAUACAAUUACUUUCUAUUAUGUCGAUUUCAGGAAAAUAAUCAAUCUUGAUAAAGUAUUUGGACAAUUAAAUGUAUUAGAAACUGUUCAUAUUAUUAAUUGUUCAUCUUUGGAACAAAUUAUUAAUUUAUCAAAACCAUUUAAAUUGAAAUCUUUAAUUUUAAUUAAAAUACAAUUUGAAUCAUUGCAACAAUUAUUACUAAAAUCUGGUGAUUAUUUGGAAAAUUUCGGUUUGGGAUUUAGUUAUGGACUAUCAUCAAGACAAGUAUUGUUAGGAUUAAUUAUAAAGUAUUGUAAGAAUAUCAAAUUUCUUGAUUUAUGUGAAAUAUGUGAAUUUAGAUACCAGAUUACUUAUGAAAUAUUGGAUUUAAUUGAAAAUAUUAAACAAGCUCUUAAUCAUCUUUCAAUCAAUAUACUGGAAGAUAAUCAUUCAACAAAUGAUAGUUCAAUCAUAUUAAAGAAUCUAGGACAAGCCCUCCCCUCUAAAUUGGAAUACCUAAGUUUGGAACUUAAAGUUAAAGAAAGUGAUUUUAGGGCAUUCUUAGAAAAUUCUCAAGAUGUUUUUAUUAAUAAAUUAUUAAUAAAACUACAAAUAGGUAGUGAUGAUAUUUCACAUUAUAUAAAGGAAUAUAUUAUGAAGGGAGAAAGAGUUAAAUAUUUGGCUAUUAUGGAUAUUAAUAAUAAUAAUCAAUUGUCUGAUUUUAGAGAUGAAGUGGUGGAAUUCAAGUUAUAUAAUAUUGGAGUUCGAAGUUAUAAUGAUUUACUUAUUAGCGUCGAUAAAUUUAUUAAGAAUAUUGAUUAG